CGCAUGAGGCGCAUGCGCAGCUCCUCUCCCUUUCGGCAUCGGGACGCGGUCGUCGUUGUGGGGUCUCCUGGUUCCACGGGUCCGUCGUCGUCAUGGUGAAGCUGAGCAAAGAAGCCAAACAGAGGCUGCAGCAGCUCUUCAAGGGCGGCCAGUUUGCCAUCCGCUGGGGCUUUAUUCCUCUCGUGAUUUACCUGGGAUUUACGAGGGGUGCAGAUCCUGGAAUGCCUGAGCCAUCAGUUUUAAGGUAUUGCUCUUGAAUAUCAAAAUUUGAA